AUGGUCUCCAUCUGCUCUUCAAUCUCAUCUCCGUCGCCUUUGUCGCCAAUUUCGGCCGUCGCCGUCUAUUACCUUUGCGGUCUCGCCUUCAUGAGUCUCAUCAUGUUCCUGCUGGGCUUCGUCGCCUUAGCCCCCUACGCAUCCUCCGCGCUCUUCCUCGUCUGGAACUGUGGUUACCAGCUCACCGUCGGUCCAUCUGCCUAUGUUCUCGUCGGCGAGGUCUCAUCGACGCGCCUGCGUGCCAAAAGAGUCGCUCUUGCCAGGAACGCGUAUAAUCUGUCCCUGUUGGUAAAUUACUUCGUAGGGCCUUACAUUCUCAACCCCACUAAGGGUAACUGGAAGGGAAAGACGGGUUUCCUGACCGGUGGCAUCAUCAUUUUCUUCUGGAUUUGGGCCUGGUUCCGUCUCUCUGAGACUAAGAAAACCGGACUUUUGAGAAGUUGA